AUGAUCAAGGACCUACCAGCUGGUCCUCGCAAGCAAAAAGUGUCCGCGUCUCUUUGUACGAUCCCACGAGGUUAUAAGGCUGGAUUCGGUGGUGGGCAAGCGGAAGCGGUCACGUUAACAGCCAAACACACUCAGGGUAAUCCUAAUUGGAUUACAUUUUGUGCUGGGGUGUGGUCUCAGUUGAAAUUUCAGACGAAAGUCUGGUAUCAACCUGCAAAUAAAGCAGCAGUUGUGAAAAACGGUGAUUUCCUUUAUCAUAUGAUCCAUAACACACCAGAGCGACUCCUCGCGCAUGAGUUCACCCACGGGCAAAGCCAAUUUGGUGCUUAUUAUGGAAGGGAUAUAAAGUAUGGCUGGGUAGACAUCGUUCAGCUUGCUAAAGACGACAACGCUCAGACUGAUGCUACAAAGUCACAGACUGUUAGCAAUGCUGAUACUUUCACAUAUUGGAUCAAUGGUAAGUUGCAGAAACCCCUAUGGUUCCUCAAGACGACAGGCGGUAGAUUAAACUAA